AUGGCGGCUUCGUUCCCUUCUCCUUCUGGAACAAACAACAAAUGGUACUUCACCCGAGAACAGAUCGAGAAUAGCCCGUCUCGUCGUGCGGGGCUUGAUCCAGACAAGGAAUUAUCCUACAGACAGCAAGCCGCGAACCUUCUACAGGACAGCGACUCAAUGUCCCAGCUAACAAUUAAUACUGCUAUUGUGUAUAUGCACCGAUUCUACAUGAUCCAGUCCUUCACCAGGUUCCACAGAAAUGUCAUAGCUCCAGCAACACUGUUCCUGGCUGCAAAGGUUGAGGAACAGCCCCGCAAGUUGGAGCAUGUUAUCAAGGUGACCCAUGCAUGCCUCAACCCUCAGGACCCUUCACCAGACGUCCGCAGUGAUGUUGUGCCUCACCAGCUCGUUUUCUCCCGUUGUGCUGUUUACAAACACACAUGACUGGCUCAACUGUUCUGGGGAACUACGAACCACUAAUGAACAGGAUAAGGAUCCACGUGUUGCCGUCAAGCUGGGGCCGUUUGUCCCAGACUGCCCGUACCCAAGAGCCCAAGGCCUGUCCUUCACCCAGCGGCCCUGCUCCCAGCCCUGCCUGGAGGGAGUUCUGCAUCAAACACGUCCUGGAGGACAAGAACACCCCCUACAGACAGUGUAGUUAUGUGUGUAACAAGAAUGGCAAGCGCUUCCCGAAUGCAGCCCCUAAGGUUGAAAAUAAAGAAUGGGUGACCUUCUGCGUGGAGCACUUUAGGUGGAAUGCCAUGGCUCUCCAGGCCCAGUUGAGGAAGGCCUCAUCUGGUCCCUCUCCUGAGGCCUUCCUAUCUCUGCUCAGUGGAUACAACUGCACUGAGACCGAUGAGCAGGACAGUGGCCGCAGUGAAGCCAGCCUCAUCCUAGGUGUGAAAUGUUUCUGCACCAUCUUUUUUCUUUCUACACAUAUGCAUUGGCAACAUAUUUUAACCUCCUAUUUUAUUUAUCAGAGACCAUGCACAACAAAAUGUGUUGCACCAUAUUUAACAGCUCAUUUUUUACUCUCCGGUGUCCUGAUAGCUGUUCUUUUUUUAUAAUAGUUGCUAUUCCAGGUAAAGGGAGCAUUUACUAUUAAGUGCAUGGUCCCAUUCCUGUACAUUCCUCCACUGCAUUGAGCUAAGUCACAGUCCAGGGGAGCUGAUGAGGAUUGUCUGUCCAGCUGUCCUCAUCUACAGAGUGAGGGUGAGCAGGGACCACUCGUUCCUGACCAGACCUGUAGUGGAGACCCAGACAGUGAAGCUGACAGCAUUGACAAUAACCACAAGGACCCUCUUAAGUAAGACUGCAAUAUUCGGAUACUGUGUUCUCUACCACAUUACAUACAGUUGAAUACAAUUCUUCAUACAAUUCCUGACAUUUAAUCAUAGUAAAAAUUCCC